ACUUAAGUUUCACUAUAAUUAACCUACUCCAUUAGCUCCACUUCAUAUUAUACCUCGCUUCUUCUCACUAACCUACUCCAUUAGCUCCACUUCAUAUUAUACCUCUCUUCUUCUCACUACAUAUACUGCAUCCUUUGCCACAUUCCCCACUGGUUCUACUUGAGUUCUUUUCACCAGUGAUCUGCACCCAAAGGAGAAGAGCUAGCUAAGCUAGAGUGUGGUUGGUCAUGAAUAGAGAAAGAGAUACUUUGGUUGUUGGGAGGGUGAUUGGGGAUGUGUUGGAUCCAUUCACAAGAUCUGUACCUCUUAGUGUAAUAUACAGUUCAAGGGAGGUUACAAAUGGGUGUAACCUUAAACCCUCAGCUGUGGUUCACCAGCCUAGGGUUGAGGUCGGAGGAACUGAUCAUCUGAGAACAUUUUAUACUCUUAUUAUGGUUGAUCCAGAUGCUCCAAGUCCCAGUUACCCAAACCUUAGGGAGUAUUUGCACUGGUUGGUGACCGAUAUCCCGGCGACAACUGAAGCAUCUUUUGGGCAGGAGAUUGUGAGCUAUAAGAGCCCAUCCCCAGUCCUCGGUAUACAUCGGAUCGUGUUCGUGCUAUUUCAACAGCUCGGGCACCAAACGGUAUACGCUCCGGGCUGGCGUCAGAACUUCAAUACCCGCGAUUUUGCCGAGCUCUACAACCUCGGGUCUCCGGUCGCUGCGGUCUACUUUAAUUGCCAGAGAGAGUCCGGUACCGGAGGACGGAGAAUGCAAGCUUGAAUAUCAAGGUCAAUUAAUAAAGAGCACAAAAGUUUACAUCUGCAUAUAUAUCUUUCUUUUUGAGUGGAAUCAGAGGGACAAUGAGGGUAUUGCAUUUCUUAAUGGUAAAAUUUGAGGAGAGAGUUUAGGUAAUUAGUAACAAGUAAGAAUGUGUUGGAUUUGCUCUUUAUUUUUUCAGAUUUUCUUUUUUGUUUUAAAGUGUGUUUUGAAUUAGAAUAUAGAAUUAGGAUCAUCUGAAAAUUUACAAUGUAUGGAGAAAACAUAUAUAUGGAGCAAAUUUAGGAUGAAUCAGAUAAGUGAUUUGUUUUCUUUCA